UUGUGUACACAUCCGGGCACUGAGAAAAGGCAGUCACUGGUCACCCACUGUACUGCGCCUGUGUGGAGUCUGGUGACGGUGAGAGAAAUGGCGGCAGUGUUGUUACAAGCGCUGGAGCGCGCUGAGGUUACGAAACUUCCCAAAGCCGUUCAAAAUAAGCUUGAAAAAUUCCUUUCUGACCAGCAAUAUGAAAUAGAUUCCCUAAAGGCACACCAGGAACAAUGUAGGGUCGAUAACGAACAACAGUUCUUUGAGAAAGUGCAAUGUCUUGAGCAGAGUCAGGAACAGUUUUUGGCUCUGACUGAGCAACACCACAACCUUAAAGAGGAGUUUUCCAAACUGGAUGAAGAGCUCAAGGGUGUACAGAAGAAGAAUAAAGAAUAUGAACUCAACCUAGAAAAGUUUACAUCUGAACAGGCCCUGCUUUCCAAAGCCAAAGAUGAACUGGAGGCUGAGAAGCGGGAACUUGUGCGUACACUGGAGAAGAGAUCCCAGGAGGUGGAAUAUCUGAGUGAGGACGUACAGCGCCUCAAUGACAAAGUGGCAGAGGUCAGUGCCUCGAAGAUGGAACUUCAGCUUAAGCUGGACGAGCUUGAAUCCUCAGAGGUCAACAUCAAGUACCGUGAGAAACGAAUGGAGCAGGAGAAGGAGCUGCUGCAGGGCCAGACCACCUGGCUGAACGCAGAGCUCAAGGCGAAGAGCGAUGAGCUGCUGGCUCUGUCGCGCCAGAAGGGUAACGAGAUCCUGGAGCUCAAGUGCAGCCUAGAAAAUAAAGAGGAUGAGUUGAACAGAGUCCAGGACCAGCUGACCAGUUUGAAGACUUCAGGUGAAAGCCUUCAGAAGCAGGCUGAAGACUUGAUCAACAAACUUAAAGAGGCUAAGGACCAGCAGGCCAGCAUGGAGGAGACGUUCAGGAACGAGCUGAAUGCCAACAUAAAGCUCUCCAACUUGUACAAGGGAGCUGUUGAAGACGCAGAGGCCAAGAGUGAGGAGCUGAAUGGUGCCGUGGAGGAGCUUCAAAAGCUGCUGAAGGACGCCGGGGAAGCUAAUAAGGCUCUGGAAGUGCGGCUACAGGAGAUGGAUGGCUGCAGAGAGAAGGAGGUUGCCGAGUGGAAGGAGAGGAUCUCCAGCCUGGAGAAAGAACUGGAGAACGCUAACGAGCUGCUGUCUGACGCCAAGCUCCGAGGCCCUGUCGGUGCCGCCUCCCUGUUGUCAAACGAAACCAUGACUACCAUGUCCCCCACUGCAGCCGCCGUGGCCAAGAUUAAACCAGGAAUGAAGCUGACGGAGUUGUACACUGCAUAUGUGGAUAGCCAGGAGUCACUUCAACUGGAGCGGGUGGAGAACAAGCGGGUGAAUAAGUAUCUAGAUGACAUAGUGCGGGAGGUGGAGGCCAAGGGUCCCCUGCUGAAGCGCCAGCGAGACGAGCAUGAGCGCAUGCAAAAGUCUGUGGCCAGCCUCUCUGCCAAGCUGGAACAGGCGAUUAAGGAGGUGCACCGCCUUCAAAAGGAAGCUGAUGAGGCCAACAAGCGCUCCUCUGUCCUGGAGAGAGACAACCAGAGGUCUGAGGUGCAGCUGGCAGACAUGGCCCAGCAGGUCCGUGUGCUCCUCAUUGAGCUGGAGGAGGCCCGCGGUAACCACGUGGCCCACGACGAGGGCGUGAGCUCCGCCGACAUCAGCAGCACGUCCGAGGUCAUCACGCAGCACCUGGUAACGUUCCGCGGCGUGGGGGAGCUCCAGCAGCAGAACCAGCGCAUCCUGCUGGCUCUACGAGAGCUCAGCGAGGCGCAGGAGCGGGAGGAGACUGAGGCUGUUGGCACCAAGCGUAGUGAGUUGGAGCUGAGUCUGGAGAAGGCCCAGGCUGAGCUGGAGGCUCUGAGGGAGCAGCGGGGCCACCAGAUGCAGCUGGCCGAGUCCAUCGUCAGGCAGAGAGACAUGUACCGCGUUCUGCUGGCUCAGGCCACUGGAGUCAGCUUCCCUCAGCAAGGCGCAGCACCCGAGGACUUCUCCCUGACCUCCACCCCCCGCCGCUCCCCGGCCACUACCCCCACAGCAGGCACCCCCUCUGGCAUCAUUAGCAUGGCCACUGAGUCCACCGAGGUGGUGGAGGCCAAGGCAGCUCUCCGCCAGUUGCAGGAGGUGUUUUCCUCCUAUAAAAAGGAGCGGGCUGAGAGUGACAAGGCCCUGGCGGAGCAGAGUGAGAAGCUACAGGAGCAGGUGUCUGACCUAAGAUCCCAGAAUGCCAAGAUAUCUACCCAGCUGGAGUUUGCCUCCAAGAGGUAUGAGAUGUUGCAGGAUAACGUGGAGGGCUACAGGAAGGAGAUUGCCUCUCUGAGGGAAAAGGGACAGAAGAUGGCUGCUGCAGCCCAGAAGAGUGAGCAGACCGUUCACACCAUGACCCAGGACCUGAGGGCUGCGCAGGAAAAACUCAGCAUGGCAGAGGGUCUCGUUGAGAGCCUCCGGAAGGAGAGGGAUAUGCUGAAGCUUGUGGAGUCCAGACUGAUCCAGGAGAAAGAGACCAUGCAGACACAGCAACGAGGGCAGAGCUCUCUGCUCAUGAACCUCAAGACCAUCCAGGCAACCUUGGAGCGCUCAGAGACCGACACCAGGCAGCGCCUGAAUGCCCAGGUAGAGAAGCUGGAGAGAGAGAUCAGCCAGCUGCAGAAGAGACUGGAGCAUGAGGUGGAGCAACGCCACCUGCUGGUCAGAAACCAAGACCUGCAGCUGAUGGAUGCCAAGAGGCAGCUGGAGACCCAGGCGGUCCUGCUCCAAAAGACCAACGAUCAGUUGACUGCUGCCCAGGUGGAGUUGAGCUCCCUCAGGCUGCAGCUGGUCAGUGGAGAUGGUGGCCGCCCGUCCCUGGGCACCAUGAGUGCCCCGUCCACUCCCGUGGGCCUCCGAGGUGUCCAGGUUUCAGAAGGGGACUCUGAAGAUCUGCGUGGCCGCCUGAGGCAGGCUGAGACACAGGCAGAGGAGCUGGCAGAGCAUCUGAGGACUGUCACCUCUAGCAUGGAGCAGUACAGAACUAUGGCCCAGAGCCUAGAGGAGUCACUGGACCAGGAGAAGCAGGUGACGGAACAGACUCGCUCCUCAAUUGAGGACCGUGUGAAGGAGGCGCAGGAGCAGCACCGUCAGCUCGAGAUGAAGCUCCUGGAAGCAGAGAAAGAAAAGCAGGCCUUGCAGGAGGACAACAGGAAAGCCCUGGCCUCGGUGGAGGAGCAGAUGGCUGAGCUGAGGAUGACUCUUAGCAGUCUGCAGGCGGACCACCAGGAGGCGCUACAGAAGUUGGCGUUAGCAGCAGCCCAGGAACAGCAGGCUAUACUGGACAGCCAGGAGCAGGCCAAGCUGGCAUCAGAGGCUCAGGAUAAGUACGAGCGGGAGAUGAUGCUCCACGCUGCGGAUGUAGAGGCCCUCCAGACAGCCAAGGCCCAGGCCCUGCAGGCAGCCUCCUUCAGGCAGCAGCUGGAGGAAAAGGCCCAGAGAGCCUCCGCUCAACUGCUGGAGGCCACGGUCUCCUGGGAGGAGCAGGAGAAAAUCCUCAAGGAGGAGAUGUCUAAGGUGGAGUCUCGCUGUGAGGAGCUGCAGAAGCAGAACGUCCUCCUACAUGAACAGCUUCAGACCUUGAGCAGCAAGAUGGCCUCCACCCUGCAGAGCCAGGUCAACGAAAUCCCCCUGGACAUCUCAUUCACUGAGGAGGGCAAGUCUCAGGAGCAGAUCCUUGAGAUACUGAGGUUUGUACGUCAGGAGAAGGAGAUUGCAGAGUCUCGAUUCGAGGUGGCCCAGGGGGAGAGUCUUCGGCACAGGCUGAGAGUUGAGCACCUAGAAAGGGAGCUGAGAGACCUGAAGGACAGCCUUAGUGCAGAGAGAGAGCGGUUGCAGGUGACUGCUAAGACCCUGGCUCAGCAUGAUGAGCUGAUGAAGAAGACUGAGACCAUGAGUGUCCUUAUGGAGACCAACAAGAUGCUGAGGGAGGAAAAGGAGAGGAUGGAGCAGGAGCUUCAACAGAUGCAGGCUAAAGUAUGUAAAUUGGAGGCAGACAUCCUGCCAAUGCAGGAGUCCAACGCCGAGCUGAGUGAGAAAAGCGGCCUUCUGCAGGCAGAGAAGAAGAUCUUGGAAGAAGAUAUCAAACGCUGGAAGGCUAGAACACAGCACCUGGUGAGCCAGCAAAAGGACACUGACCCAGAGGAGUACAAGCGUCUCCACUCAGAGAAGGAGGCUCACCUCAAACGCAUCCAGCAGCUCACAGAGGAGGUGGGCAAGCUCAAGGCUGAGGUGGCUAGGAGUGGCGGCUCAGUGACCUCCCUGCAGAGCCAGGUCCAGAUGCUGCGUGAGGGUCUGAGGAAGGUGAGCUCUGAGAGGGAUGCUCUGAGGAAGGAGGUGGAGGCCAAGACCCUGGAAAUCCAGGAGAAGUUUCGCACCAUCACCCAGGUCAAAAAGAUUGGCCGCCGCUACAAGACCCAGUAUGAAGAGCUCAAGGUGGAACAUGAAAAGAUGGUGUCAGAGGCAGCAUCCACCCCAGCCCAGGAGACUGAAGCCCAGCAAGCAUCAGCCCAGGAACUCCAGGGUCUCCGAGACUCGUUGGGACAGGCUGAAACCCGGACCAGAGAUCUGGAGGGACAGCUGGAAAACCUCAACAAGGUGGUGGGAGAGCGUGAGGCGGAGGCUCGUGGGGCCCAGGAGCAGGCCUCCAGGCUGCAAACAGAGCUGACCAGGCUGCGGCAGGAGCUACAGGAUAAGGCCUCUCAGGAGGACAACCUCAGACAGCAGAUUACUGAUAAGGAGGAGAAGACCAAGAAGGCCUUUGUAGGGGCCAAGCAGAAGAUCAAUCAGCUCAUGGCUUCCAAGGACCAGCUGCAGAAGGAGAAUGAGGAGCUAAAGCAGCAGAGGGAGGAGCUGGAGGUCAGGGUCAGUGCCCUUAAGUCUCAGUACGAGGGCCGUCUGAACCGGCAGGAGAGGGAGUUGAGAGACCUGAGAGAACAGCAGGAGAGACACAGCGAGCAGAGGGAUGAGCCCCCUGAACCGGGCCCCAGCAAGGCCCAGGAGCAGCAGAGGACAAGUGAACAGAGAGGACCACUGAAGACCACCCCAGCUGCAGACCGAGACCGUGGCAGUGCCAGCAUCUCUGAGCCCCCCACUGCCAACAUCAAGCCCACCCCUCUGGGUGCCCAGGGCCCCAACAAGCCCCCUGCCACACCUGGAAACAAGUCCACCCCCCGGGCCAGCAUUCGGCCCAUGAUCACCCCCGCGACGGUGCCCACCCCCACCCCUACUGCCACCGUCAUGCCCACCACCCAGGUGGAGAACCAGGAAGCCAUGCAGUCGUCCGAGGCCCCGCUGGAACACGUGACCGUGUACGGCAGUGCCAGUGGUUCCGUGCGCUCAACCAGCCCCAACGUUCAGAACACCAACCCCAACGUUCAGAACGCCAGCCCCAUGCUGGCGCUCCAGCAGACCCAGACCCAGGCCACGGCUUUCGUCCAGCCAACUCAGCAGCAGAGCCACACGGAACCCACCAAUCAGGAGCAGCCACCGGCCCCCGUUGUAAUGGAGGCGGCACCGAGUUCACAAGUGGAGAGGCCGUCCACCUCCACGUCUGUGUUCGGCACCGUUUCAGCCACCCCGGGAACAUCCUCCAUGUCCAAGAGACCGCGUGAGGAGGAGCAGGACAGCUCUAUGGUGACCGACACGGACACCCCCCAGGAGGACACCUCCGAGCCCCCCAUCCCCAAGAAGCUCCGCAUAAUCCAGAGGGUGGACCCGGAGGAGCCGGAGACCCUGGAUCAGCAACAGCAGGAGGAGGAGGUGAUGCUGGCUGAUGGCAGUAUAGAGGCAGGUGGACUAGGGACUGGAGAGAGCCAGGAGGCCCCAGACAACAGCCAGGUGGUGGAGUACCCAGUGCUAGAGGAUGCUGAAGAGGAAGAAACAGCCUCUCAGUCCGUCCCUGGCGAGAUCCUACUGUCCCAGUCCACAGAGGUCACGCAGGAUGCCCCCGAAGAACCCCAGCAUGACGUCAUCGUCAUAGAAACGGACUCUGAGAGUGAGGACGAGGAAGAGGAAGACGAAGAGGAGGAGCAGGACUAUGAUGAAGAGGAGGAGGAUGAGGAGGACGAGGAUGAAGAGGAGGAGGAUGAGGAAGAUGAUGACGGAGGGAUGGAAGAAGGGGAGGAGAGCAACGAAGGGAGCGGAGACGGCAACGAGGCAUAUGAAGGGGACGACACGGAGGGUGCUGAUGUGACAGACCCUGGCACAGAGACAGAGGAGAGUCUUGGAGCUUCUGACUCUACCCAGCGCCCGGCUGAUUCCCAGACGCACAGCUUCGAGGCUGGCAGUAGCAGUAUGGAAGCCUUCUCCACCGAACCAACCAGCUCUGCUUCCCGAAUGCCUCCGUCGCCACGGAGAACCCCGCACCCCCUGCCGCCCCGCCUCAACAUCCCCCAGGAACUGGGCCCCCCUGCUCAUGUCCAGCGCCCCGUGCGUCGUCAGUCUUCUAGCCGAGUGCCUCAACUCACCCCCGGGAUGGCCAGCAGUGGAGUGAGUCAGCACUUCUUUGACGAUGACGACAGGAUGGUUCCCAGUACUCCUACUCUGGUGGCCCCACACCGUUCUGACGGCUUUGCAGAGGCCAUUCAUUCUCCCCAGGUGGCUGGUGUUCCUAGAUUCAGGUUUGGUGCCCCCGAGGACCUGAUGUCCCAGGCCACCUCCUCCCACUCUGACCUGGGACAGCUGGCCUCACAAGGAGGUCUGGGGAUGUAUGAGAGUCCUCUGUUUUUGUCUGGCCAUGAUGAUGAGUCUGGGAGCCGCAGUGUUCCCACCAUACCCCUGCAGAUGGCUGCCCCAGGGUCGGUCUUUACGGACGUUGUACCCUCUGAUGGCACAGACCACGCCUCCCAGUCUGUUCCCAUGGUAACCACAUCUACCCCUGGUCUGGCAGCAGGAGGGCCCAGCCCUGGGGACGAGGGAGACGACGCCUUCCUGGAACCCGAAGGAGACUGUCCCGAGGUGUCCCUGGAGUCUCUGGCAUCUCAGGCAGGGGAGAUGGAAGACCCUGCCCAGCCUUCAGAUGAUGCAAGUUUGCCUUCAACCAGCCAGGAACCCUCUUCCAGCUCUGCAGACACUAGUAGCACUCAGCCCAAACCCUCUAGAACUGGACCCAGUCGACAGCUCCAACGCUGGACAGAGAACCGCAUGAGGAGAGGCACGUUGCCAUCCCGUGGUGUAACUGGGACUGGGAGGAGAUUUGCCAGAUGAACAGCCAAUCAGAGGACAUGCUCCCACAUUAUUCCUGUGUCUAAGGCGCUACAAGACCGGUCACCAUGGUUCCAGAGAACACUUAAGGCUACCAUAAACCUUAAUCAUAUAUCGCGAAUCAGCUCUUGUCAUGAUGAUCACUGAUGUUUUAUUAUCUUGUGGUUUCUUUUUUGCCUGAAGUUUGUUAGCAGUGUCCUUGCUAAAGUGUUGUAAUGAUAACCGUAAUAAAGUUUGCAAUCUGUGA